GGUUUACCUGCAUUUCUUUUCCUACAAAACUUCUGCGAGAAGCUUCAUUGUGCAUUUUUUGUUCGUGAACUACGGUAACAACUGGGGAUCUCUACAUCAAAUCUUUCGAAACCGAAAUCAGAGUUUGAGAAAAUGUCUUCAGAAAGGACAGGAAGUGUUGUAGGGAGUGAGGUGAUGCCUCUGGACUAUGGGGGUAUGGACUCAGAGAGUAGUCCGUCUCCAUCUAGUUCAGAGAAGACGGUUGAAGGGGUGAGAGGGGAUGAGGUGGUAGAAGUUAGGGAGGAUGAGGUAGUGGGGGUUGGGGGAGAUAACAUACCCAUUACCGUGGUAGAAGUAGAAGGUAAUGGGGAGAGAGGGAAUGAUAGGAAUGCAGACAUAGUGGAGGAAGUGAAGCAGUACCGAUCUGAACUAAGGACCAGGGAUGACCUGUGUCACUUAGUAGAAACGUACGAGAUCUCUUCUCGAGUAUUAGUUAGGCCAGCUGGGGUAGAGGAGAGGGCGUGCUCUGCUCCUCGGGAUCACUGGAUGCCUGUGUAUGCCCACUAUUUGAUAGCGGGACUCAGGUUUCCACUUCCGGAGUUGCUAAUAGGUUUACUGUUAGAUUAUAACAUAGGGUUGACACAGUUGGUCCCCAACGCAAUGAGGGGGGGUAGCAGGAGAGAUAAGGGGUGGUAUUAUUUCACCCCGAGGGUAGCUAAUAAGGAGGGUAGGAUUUUAUUCACUUCGGGUCCUUCAUCCAUUAAGGGAUGGAAGGAAAAAUUCUUUUUUGUAGAUGAUACGGAGUGGGGAAAGGGGGAUACCGAGAAGCUGCUGAGCUCUAUGGGUCAAGCGCUCUAUGGGCCAAGCGCUCUAAGUGAAGCUCAAAUGGACCAGUUUUUGAACACUGCUGGAGGGAAGGCCAUCCCCAAGAAGCCAAGGAAGAAGUCAAAGACUUCAGCCAAACAAGUGGAUGAGGGGAGGACUGGGAAGGAGGUGGUACCUUUGGCCUCAGCUGAGACGGAGAAGGAGGUGCCAGCACUGAAGAGGAAGGGUUGGGAGGAGAGGAGGGCGCUGCAGAAGAAGCAGAAGGUGGUGGAGGAAGAGGGGAGUGGGGUGCCUGAGUUUGUACCUCAGCCUCCUCCUGUUGAGCUGAACCCUGAGCUCAGACGGUUGGAGGAGGGGGCUGAGGUACGAGCUCCUGGGAAGGGGAAAGGCCCAGUUUCUCCUGCAGUGCCUCAGAGCAGCCUGUUCGAGGCGAAGAACGUAAUGGGGGCGAGGUGGUUCAUCAACAGCACCUUCCCCGAGGUGGACAAAUGCAACGCACGGGAGGAAGCUCUGAGGUACGGAGGAGCAUCUGUGGUGAAGCAUGUUCUGGAGGUGAAUGGUCUAGCCCAGGAGUUCAGAGAUAGUAUAAAGGAGCGCUCACUCUUGCAGAGGCAGUGUGACCAGCUGCAGAAGGAGAAGGAGGAGCUGGAGAAGAAAAAUAAAGAACUGCAAGAGCCUCUGGACGAGGAGAGCAAGCGAAGGAUCACUAAAGGCGAGCGUGAGGCUCAGGCAAAAGAAACGAAGCUGGUGACGGAGGCGUUCAAGGAGCUGAAGGGGAACAUGCAGAAGUUGGUGCAUAAUGGGAUGAAGGAGCACAUCAACAACUUCAUCAGUUCCAGCUCGUUUGACAGCAUCGUCAACCUGUACCGGCUGCCCACUGCUAUCAUCGCCUUCACAGACUGCAGAAAGAAGGUGAAGGCUGCAUAUCCCGAAGUGGAUGUGACAAAGGUCACCUUUGGCGAGCAAGAAGAAGGAGUGGAGGAAGAUGGUGAGAGCAUGUCAACAGACUUCUGUCCUCAGAUCAAACUGAGGUGGGAGGAUGAUGCAGACGGUCUUGCUGUUUUCCCUCCACAGUUCGACUUCGAGUUCGUUGCAGUGGAGGAAGAUGGAGCAGAGGUAGAGGGAGAUGGAGUGGAGGCAGGAGUGGAAGGAACUGGAGUGGGUGAUAGUCAACCAAUUCCAGAAGUGGAGAUUCACCCAGUUCCUUCUGACGAUGAGGAGCCUCCUCUGCCAGACGAGCAGCAGCCUAUACAACCACCUCUGCCAGCUGAGAAGGAGCCAGUGGAACCACCUCUUCCAGAAGAAUAAUUUUUGUUUUUUGAUUUUUUGUAAAGAUAAUUAAACAGUUUGUAAUACUGUUAAUAUUUGAAAUGAAGAUUCAGCUUUGAGAUUAUAUAUAUGUUUAUGUUUGUUUUACAUUUCUGGUAUUAUUGUUUAUGAAUAAAAGAACUGUGGGUAC